AAAAAAAAACAAACAACAACACAGUUACGAUGUAAACACAUUCAUAAAUAGUUACUAUGUUAAAAUCAUCAUUAUUAUUAUUAUUAUCAUCAUCGCUAUCAUUGGUACUAUGGUUUAUUUAAAGAUGUAUAUAUAUAAUUAGUAACUAAAUUUAUUAAAAUAAUACAUAUGGAUCAAAAGUCAAAUAUAAAUUUAUUUCAUCCAGCAUUAAUUAAUUUAACUACACAUUUAUUUUAUAAUAUUAUUGAGCAUAGAAUUAAUGCACAAAAUUUUAAAUGUUUAGGAUUACAAUCUAUUGAUUAUGAACAAAAAGAAAAUCAAAUUGAAGUUGUAUUACAAUUUGAUAUUAUUUCGUCGUCGUCAUCAUCAUCAUCAUCUUCUACAUCAAGAAAUAACUCUUUAGUGAAUAAUAAUACAUAUACAGAAUGUGAUUAUACAAAUCUAUUUGUUGAUAAAUUAGCAGAACAUAUAACUUCAAAUGAAAAGAAAUCUCCGUUCGUAACAAUUGUGGUUUGUUGCUGUAUACUGACAACAUUUUUUCUACUGGUUCUUUUUCUCCGAUGUCGGAGUUUUAUUCGACGUAAACAAUUAUUGAAACGAAGAAGAAAUCCUAAAUACUUAUAUUGUUCUAAAUAUCCUAAAUCAAAACCUAUUAAUCAUUGUUAUAUUAAAGCUAAUAAUUCAUGUUAUUGGUCACCAACUAAACCUAAACAUAGUAAUUCAUUUUCAAUAUGGUCUGAAGGUCAAUCAUUAAAAUAUCAUCAGAAUAAACAUAGAAUAUCUUCUACUUCAUCAUUGAAUCAAUCUAAUUUAAUGGUUAAUUCACCACAAUCACAUUUUUAUCCAAAUAAUCAUUAUACAAAAGAUUCCAAGUGUAUUCAUCGUCAAUCUAAUUCAUCAAAUAAUGUAAUUAAUAAUAGUAAUGAACGUAAUUUUAUGAAAUAUAAUUAUCAUCAACAUGAUGAAAUAUAUGGAAUGGGAAAUCAUAUGAAUAUUGGUUAUUUAGAAUAUUGUAAACGAAUGAAUAAUGCCAAAUCAACAAUGAUGUUUCCAAAUUCUCAAAGGUUAAUAGUGCCACCAAAACAAUCAAAUCCUUCAGCUAUAGGAAAUCAAUCGAUAUUUUUCAAUUCACAAAAAAUAACAAAUGAAAAUGAUAUUACAGAUUCUGAAACUCCUACUACUGAAUUUACUGAAAGUUCAAAAUCACAUAAAAGUAUAUCACAAAUUAAUGUAUAUCGAAAAGGUAGAAGUUUAAGUCCAGCUGAUAUAACUAAUUUCAGAGAAUCAAAAUUUCAUUUCAGUCCAAAACCACGUUUUUCAUUAGCUGAAUCUGAUGAAAUGAAUAAUCAACCUAUUGAAAAUAGUCAAUCAUCUGGUUUUCGUGAUGUGAUUAUUGACUGUAGUUCACUGGAAAGUGCUAUCAGUUAUCCAGUACAAAACUCUUGUUCACAUUUGAAUGACAGUAAAAAUCUAGACAGUUCAUUAGAGAGUCGAACAUAUCAAAGUUUGAUGUCAGUUUACUUAAAUGAUGUUGCACAAAAAAAUCGAAUUAUCACUCCUACAGUUACGAUUACUACUACCAACAGCAAUAAUACUGUUAGUGAAAAUAACACUAGUACUAUUCAAAAUAUCUCUUUGGAUAAUAGUAAUUAUAAUAAUGUUAUCACAUUAUCCCCAUUAAAUCUACCAAAAACUGACACAGACAUUUUCAAUGAUGAAUUAUACAAUACUGAAAAAAUGAAUUCAUUUGAAAGUAAUCCAUUGAACUUUUCUGUCAGUACUGAUCAUGAUCACAUAGAACAGCAUAAUAAUUUCACUUAUGAUCUCCAAUCACCAGUGAUCAAAGAAAAACCUAAACGUCCAGUUUUAUGCUUAUUUAGUGCAAAUAAAUACAAUCAAAAAAGACAUUUUAAACGUAAUAAUUCAAUCAAUAUUGAUGAUAAUAAUAAUGAUGAUAAUAAUAAUAAUGUUGAGGAUGACAACAAUAAUAGUAAUAUUCAUGAUACUAAACAAGAUAUUGAUGUACGACGUUUACGUCAAGGUACAAAUAUUUCCACUACAAAAUUAUCAGUUAAUAAUCAAUUAAAUAGAAUCACUGGAAGUAGUAAUAAUAUCAAUAUUAAUGAUAAUAUUUGUAAUCAUAAUUUAAAUUUAUUAUUAUGUAAUACAAAUGAGUGUAAAAGUUGUGUAAAUUUACAAGCAUAUGAAUUAUCACAAGAUCGUUAUCGUAAUCCAAGUAGUGGAUCAACUGUUAGUCAAAUACCAAGAUCUGAUUUACCAGAUGUUUACCUUAAUCCACCAUCAAUGUCUACUCUACAGUCUCAACGAAGCAGUUUAUGUGGCAGAAGUAGGAUGGAAUUGUUAUAUGUGGAUAACGAACUAGAUAGAAACAACAAUCCUAGGUGCAAACUUAGUACAAAUGGAAUAAUUAGUGCAUCAAACUUGGGAGAAAAUUUAUCAGACGUGAUUGACUCUGAUCACCGUUUCUCUGCGCAGCAUACAAACGGAGAUGGUGACAAUUGGAGCUUGGUCGAUGAGUUGGUUAUUUUUCCUCAACCACAGACUCUCGGACUGGUACGUAAUCAAACGUUUAAUGCAAGAAACACAUAUCAUCAACCACUACCUCAAUCAUCUUCAAAUUUGGCGCCAUCCUUUUUUAAACCAUAUCAACUAACCGAUGAUAAUUUCGGUAAUUUACCUGUUAAAGAUAAAGAGCAUCACAUUAGUAUACAACAACAACUUAGACGAGCACUGAGUUUAUCAUCUAGACGUAAAUCACCUCGUUCAUUAAAUGAAGAAAUUCAACUAAUCAUGGAUAAACACUACGAAAUGACAGGAAUUAGAAUGACAAUUGGUAGUGGGUCAUCGCAGAAGAAUUCGACGACUACCAAGUCCUAUAUAAAUUUAUUUGGAUUGCAGACAGGCAAUAAAACCCAACCAUCUAGACCAAGAAAACGUCGAUGCAGUUGGACAUUUACUAAAGAUAUUACUAAUGAAUUUCAAACAAGUUUAAAAAAUGUUUCAAGUGCAUUACAUUUAGAUUGUCCUACUUUUGAUCUAUUUCAAAAAUUUAAACAUAAUCGUGAAAAACCAUCUGUACUUGAAUCAUUAUCUAUGACCGCUUUACCAUGUCUUAUACCAUUAAGACCACGUAUUCAAUCUGAUGCAACAAAUGAUAUGACUUCUAUUAAUAAAGAAUUUAUAACAAGACAAUCUGAACAAAAAUUUCAUUCUGAUUUAAAUAAUAUAAAAUUAAUUGAUUUCAAACGAAAUAGUAUAGUGACGAAUGAUAAAAGUGUAAUUAUAUUUGGAAUUCAAAAAAAUAUUAGACUUGUGAAAAGUAAUUGGAAUUUAACUAAUCUAUGAUCUUGAUAAUGUAAUAAGAAGACAAAGAUGAUCAGAAUUAAUGUGAUGAUAUAUUAACGCAAUACCUUUUGAACAAUCUGAUCACACGCAUAUACUUGUUAAGAACAUUUAUAUAAAAGGUUAUCUAGACAAUAAAUGAAGAGUAAGAGGAGACAAAGAUAAUAAUAAGAGUAAUAAUAAUGUGAACACAAUUUGAAAUCUAAUCACUCUGGAUAAUAAGUCAAUAUUACCAGGGUAGGUUUAUUAUCCAGAGUGAUUAGAUUUCAAAUUGUGUUCACAUUAUUAUUACUCUUAUUAUUAUCUUUGUCUCCUCUUACUCUUCAUUUAUUGUCUAGAUAACCUUUUAUAUAAAUGUUCUUAACAAGUAUAUGCGUGUGAUCAGAUUGUUCAAAAGGUAUUGCGUUAAUAUAUCAUCACAUAAAUUCUGAUCAUCUUUGUCUUCUUAUUACAUUGUCGAAAUUUAUCAAAGGGACUAAUUACUUUAAUCUAUGAUCAAUUACAUAUUUCAUUACAUCAUUACGUCAUAUACAUACAUAUGCAGCAUACUAUGUAGAUACAUUUUUCUUUUUGAAAUAUACAAAGGACAAAAUUGUACAAAAUCUGUCAAUGUUUUAAUAAUGAUAUUACUUUCAUAUUAAAUAUGUUAUUGUUUAACUUGUUCAUCAUAUCUAUGAUCAAUUAUUCUAGAUUAUUAUUCAGCGCGGUAUUCAAUAUUAUAUCUUGUCAUAAUAGUUGAUUUUUUUUAUGUAUUUCAUUUACUGUUGUAAAUAAUAAUUUUUAAAUAAAAUCUGCAAUUUAA